GAAGCGGAGCAGCGCAGUAGCGAUGGCGCUCGUGGGUUCCCUGCAGCUCUCUCUCGGUGGACUCUGAUCGCUCUGGUCGUUUCUGUCCCUCCUCUCAGGCCUUGAUUUUGGGGGCGUAUUAGUGAACUUCAGUAAUGUUGGGCAUUCUAGCCAGGACUAUGGUCAAGGCUGGCAUGGUGAAGCCCUCCGGCCUGGUAAAGCCAGUGUCAGUGACACGGAUCGCGGGGCGCUACUUGGCCCACCAGAAGGGUCUGCCUAAGCUUCCAGUGCCACCACUGCAACAAACAUGCGAACGCUAUCUGACUGCCCUGACGCCCAUCGUGGACCCGGAGGAGCUGAAUCACACCCGGCAGCUGCUGGAGGAGUUUCAGAAGCCGGGUGGUGUUGGAGAGAGACUACAGAAGGGCCUGGAACAACGAUCCAAGAAGAUGGAGAACUGGCUCUCAGACUGGUGGUUACAAACAGCCUACCUAGACUACCGGAUGCCUGUUGUUGUCCAUUCCAGUCCUGGGGUCGUUCUCCCCCGUACGGAGUUCAGUGACCGUCAAGGCCAAAUGAGAUAUGCAGCAAAAUUAAUCGCUGGAGUUUUAGAUUUCAAGAGCAUGAUUGACAAUGAAACAUUGCCAGUGGAGUAUCUGGGUGGAAAGCCACUCUGUAUGAACCAGUACUAUCAAGUGCUCUCGUCUUGCCGGAUCCCUGGAACAAAGAGGGACAGCGUGGUCAACUAUGCCUUGGACAAGAGACCCCCCACACAUAUCACUGUAGUGCACAACUUUCAGUUCUUUGUGCUAGAUGUAUAUAACAGUGACGGCACGCCACUGACUGUAGACCAGAUCUACAUACAGCUGGAGAAGAUCUGGAACUCCUCUUUACAGAGCAACAAAGAGCCUAUUGGCAUCCUCACCUCCCACCACCGCAACAGCUGGGGCAAAGCUUACAACAACCUCGUUAAGGAUAAAACAAACAAGGAGUCUGUGAGAGCCAUUCAGAAGAGUAUCUUUACAGUCUGUCUGGAUGCUCCCAUGCCGCGUGCGUCUGAUGACAUGUACCGCACCCGUGCUGGAGUUCAGAUGCUGCAUGGAGGGGGAAGCAGGUGGAACAGCGGAAACCGCUGGUUUGACAAAACAUUGCAGUUUAUUAUUGGAGAGGACGGGACAUGUGGGCUGAUCUAUGAACACGCCCCCGCUGAGGGCCCUCCCAUCGUGUCACUGAUCGACCAUGUGGUGGAAUACAUGAAGUCGUCAGAGAUGGUCCGUACCCCAAUGGUCCCGCUGCGUAUGCCACAGAAGCUUCGAUUUAACAUCACACCAGAAAUCAAAAAGGACAUUGAGGAGGCCAAACAAAACAUGAACAUAAUGGUACAUGAGCUGGACAUGAAAGUCAGUGUGUUUUCCCAUUUUGGCAAAGAUUUCCCAAAGUCGCAGAAGAUGAGCCCUGAUGCCUUUAUUCAGGUUGCUCUCCAGCUGGCGUACUACAGGAUUUACAAGCGCUGUUGUCCUACCUAUGAGAGCGCUUCCCUCCGCAUGUUCAGACUGGGCCGAACCGACACUAUACGCUCAACGUCCAUUGACUCUGCUAAAUUUGUCAAGGCCAUGGAUGACCCAGCCAAACAUAACACAGAGAAAGUGGCUCUGCUAGACAAAGCAGUUAAAGCGCACAGAGCUUACACAGACAUGGCCAUCCGAGGUCAAGCGAUCGACAGACAUUUGCUCGGACUGAAAUUGCAGGCUAUUGAGGACCUGGCCGCCCUGCCAGAGAUAUUCAUGGAUACCUCAUAUGCUGUGGCACUGCACUUCAACCUCUCCACCAGCCAGGUGCCAGCAAAAACUGACUGUGUGAUGUGCUUUGGCCCGGUGGUACCAGACGGUUACGGUGUGUGCUACAAUCCCAUGGAUGCCCACAUUAACUUUGCAGUCUCUGCUUUCAACAGCUGCCAGGACACUAACGCAGCACGUCUGGCCCAAGCACUAGAGGACGCACUGUUAGACAUGAAGACCCUGCUGGAGCAGACGCCCAAAGCCAAGCUUUAAAGAUGAUUAUGUAAAUUAGACUUGAUCUUUGACCAGUUCAGUCAAGAAGUUUGAAUUAACAACAGCCUUCAAAAGGAACAGGAAUUUUAAAAAGAGAUUUUUAUUUAGCAUUUGACCAGUCCAGACCAGAGAUGCCUGGACUCCAUUGGUCUGUGGUAUUAUACAAGCCUUAACACGAAAUAAUAAUCCUUAACUUUUCUAUGUUUAUGUGCUCUGGCUUUUAUUUGUUCAAACAAACGGAUCAAUUAGGUUUGUCAACAGGUUUUGCUGAUUUAUUUUUUCUGAGAAUAUGUGCAUUAUACUGAACCACUGGUUAAAAAAAAACUCAUGUGAUUCUAUACUGUAUAUUAGAUAUUAAAUGUAAUUAAAUCAGAUUUUCUUUUAUUGCCAUAAUGUAAAUAAUGACAUCUGCAAAGCAUUUUCUUAGUUCCUAUGUUUAUUAGUUCUUUGUACAAUGUUGUAAAUUUGCACAUCAACAAUUUUUUAAUAAAUAUCAAGUCUUCAAUAACAUUUUAAAUUCUGUUUAGAUUUGGUGAUUAUUCAUCAAAAUUUGUUAUUGUACAUAAUGUUACUGUGCAUAGCUGUCCUCUUUGGGUCUAUGUAAAGUUAGAUAUAUAAUUAUAUAAAAUAUCACUGCAAUGGUUUUUAUAAAUGGACACACA